GAACUGGGAGCACUGGGAUGGUACUGGGGGGAACUGGGAGCGACUGGGAGGGAACUGGGGGGAACUGGGAGCGACUGGGAGGGAACUGGGGGGAACUGGGAGGGACUGGGAGGGAACUGGGAGCACUGGGAUGGACCCGCCCACGGCGUUGGGGGCGGGGCCUGCGCCCGUCCCCGCCCCGCCCCCCCCGCGGGCCGUGCCCUGGUGGGGGGAGGGGCGGGGGCGGGGCCUGCCGGUGCUGGGGGGAUGGGCGGCGCCCCUGCUGCUGCCCCGGGAGACCCCGCGGCUGCUGCGGGCCCUGCCGCCCCUCCCCCACCUGGCGCACCUGAAACGGCUCCGGGCGGGGCCCGGGGGGGCGGAGCUUCUGCUGGGGCUGGACCACGCCCACGGUGACGCGGCCCCCAUCGAUUACAUCAUCGCCGAUGACGUCACCGACGACGCCGAUUACGUCACCGAUUACGUCACGGCCACCCCCGGGGCUGGAACUGGGACCAGUAACACCAGUAACACCAGUAAGACCAGUAAAACCAGUAACACCAGUGCCAGCAGCAGCACCAGUAACACCAGUAACGCCACUGGCACCACGGACACCAGUAACACCAGUAACACCAGUAAGACCAGUAACACCAGUAAGAGCAGCGUGACCGGGGACUCUGAGGAUCCCAGUUGGACCAGUUUGACCAGUAAGAGCAGCGCCACCAGUGCCACCAGUGCCACCAGUGCCACCGGUGCCUCGAGUCCCAGUGCCACCAGUAAGACCAGUCAGACCGGUUGUACUGGUGCCCCCAGUGCCACCAGUGCUCCCAGUAUGACCAGUGCCACCAGUAUGACUCCCCCCAGUGCUCCCAGUAUGACCAGUCCUCCCAGUAUGACUCCCCCCAGUGCUCCCAGUAUGACCAGUUCCCCCAUUGCCCCCAUUCCCCCCAGUGCUCCCAGUGCUCCCAGUAAGACUCCUCCCAGUAUGACCAGUCCCCCCAGUGCUCCCAGUAUGACUCUCCCCAUUCCUCCCAUUCCCCCCAGUCCCCCCAGUCCCGCCAGUCCCCCCAGUGCUCCCAGUGCCCCCAGUGUUCCCAGUGUUCCCAGUGUUCCCAGUGCUCCCAGUCCCCCCAGUCCCCCCAGUGCUCCCAGUGCUCCCAGUGCCCCCAGUGUUCCCAGUGUUCCCAGUGCUCCCAGUGCUCCCAGUCCCCCCAGUGUUCCCAUUCCCCCCAUUCCCCCCAGUGCUCCCAGUGCUCCCAGUGCUCCCAGUCUGACUCCCCCCAUUCCCCCCAGUCCCCCCAGUGCUCCCAGUGCUCCCAGUCUGACUCCCCCCAUUCCCCCCAGUGCUCCCAGUCCCCCCAGUGCCCCCAGUGCUCCCAGUCCCCCCAGUGCUCCCAGUGCCCCCAGUGUUCCCAGUGUUCCCAGUGCUCCCAGUGCUCCCAGUGCUCCCAGUGUUCCCAGUGCUCCCAGUCCCCCCAGUGCCCCCAGUGCUCCCAGUGUUCCCAGUGCUCCCAGUGCUCCCAGUGUUCCCAGUGCUCCCAGUGCUCCCAGUGCUCCCAGUCCCCCCAGUGCCCCCAUUCCCCCCAUUCCCCCCAGUGCUCCCAGUCUGACUCCUCCCAUUCCCCCCAGUCCCCCCAGUGCUCCCAGUGCUCCCAGUCUGACUCCCCCCAUUCCCCCCAGUGCUCCCAGUGCCCCCAUUCCCCCCAUUCCCCCCAGUCCCCCCAUUCCCCGCGGUGUGCCCGCUCUGUGUCCCGGCUCCCUGGGCCGCCCGUUCCGGGUGCGGUUGCCGGGCCGGGCUCCGGCGCCGGGCGCGGAGGCGCGGGCGGCGCGGGCGGCGGGGCUGUGGCCGUGGCGGGGCCGGGGCGCGGCGCGGGCGCGGCCGCCGGCGCUGUCGGCGCGGGAGGCGGCGGCGGCGCGGGCGGCCAUGGCGGUGGCGCGCGCCGCGGGCGCCGGGAGGGCGGCGGGGGCGGCGGCGCUGGACCCCCGCACCGGGAGGGUGCUGGCCGUGGGCUGGGACCGGCGCGGCGGCGGUGGCCACCACCACGGGGACGGGGACGGGGACGAAGGGUGGCACCCGCUGCGGCACGCCGCCAUGGACGUCAUCGAGCGCGUGGCGCGGGCGCGGCGCGGCCACCGGGGGACGGAGGGGACAGCAGAGCGUGGCUACCAAAGGAUAGAGGGGACAGCAGAGCGUGGCCACCGAGGGACAGCACAGGGUGGCCACCGAGGGACGGAGGGGACAGCAGAGUCUGGCUACCAAAGGAUAGAGGGGACAUCCAAGUGUGGCCACCAAGGGACAGCAGAGCGUGGCUACCAAAGGACAGAGGGGACAGCAGAGCGUGGCCACCAAGGGACAGCAGAGCGUGGCUACCAAGGGACAGAGGGGACAGCAGAACGUGGCCACCAAGGGACAGCAGAGUGUGGCCACCAAGGGCCAAGGGACACUGGGAACAGUGACAUCAUGGGGCCAUCAAAGUGUGGCUACCAAGGGACGGCAGAGUGUGGCCACCAAGGGACAGAAAGGACAGCAGAGCGCGGCUACCAAGGGACAUCCGAGUGUGGCCACCAAAGGAUAGAGGGGACAGCAGAGCGUGGCCACCAAGAGCCAGGGGACACUGGGGACAGUGACGUCACGGGGACAGCGCGGUGUGGCCACCAAGGGCCAGUGGGGACACCCGAGUGUGGCCACCGAGGGCCGGGGGACAGCCUGGGGACAGCACGGUGUCGCCAAGGGCGCGGUGACAUCACCACGGCGGCCAGUGACGUCACGGGGCGGGCGCGGCGGAGGGGACACCCCGGGGACGGCGGCGUCGCGGCCAAGGUCGCCAAGGUCGGGGCCGGUGACGUCGUCACGGGCGGCGGUGACGUCACCGCCGGCCACCGUGACGUCGCCGUGGGCGACGGGGGCGCCGGUGACGUCAUCGGCGACGCCAUCUUCCGUGACGUCGCCGUGGACCUGGCGGGUCACGUGAUCUCAGGGGUGACCAAGGACCGUGAUGCCACCAUCGGUGACACCAGUGACGUCAUCACGAACUCCACCAUCCGUGACGUCACCGUGGACCCCGAUGCCGCCAAUGACGUCAUCACUGACUCCACAAUCUGUGACGUCAUCACGGACCCCAGUGCCACCCGUGGUGACACCGAUGACGUCAUCACUGACUCCACCAUCCGUGACGUCACCAAGGACCGUGAUGCCACCCGUGGUGACACCGAUGACGUCAUCACUGACUCCACCAUCCGUGACGUCACCGUGAACCCAGGUGCCGCCAAUGACGUCAUCACUGACUCCACAAUCUGUGACGUCACCGUGGACCCCAAUGACACCAAUGACGUCAUCACCGACUCCACCAUCGCUGACGUCACCGUGGACCCAGGUGCCCCCAAUGACGUCACCGAUGACGUCACCGCGGCCACCAUCCCGCUGGAGCUGCUGGCCCUCGGCGACGUCCCCGUGGACCUGACGGGCUACGUCAUCCCGGGGGCGGCCGAGCGCCCCGAGGGCGCCGCCGCGGGCGACGUCGCGGAUGACGUCACGGACGACGCCGCGGGCGGGUACCUGCUGUCGGGCUGCGACGUGUUCGUGACGCGCGAGCCGUGCGCGCUGUGCGCCAUGGCGCUGCUGCACGCCCGCGUGCGCCGCGUCUUCUACGGCCGCGCCUGCGCCCAGGGCGCGCUGGGCUCGCGCUACGGCCUGCACGGCCACCCCCGGCUCAACCACCGCUACCGCGUCUGGGCCGGGGUCACCGCUACUGGGGAUACUGGGAGUACUGGGAAUACUGGGAAUGGGUGACUGGGGACAAUGGGGAUACUGGGAAUGGGUCACUGGGGAUACUGGGAUCACUGGGCUCGCGCUACGGCCUGCACGGCCACCCCAGACUCAACCACCGCUACCGCGUCUGGGCCGGGGUCACCGCUACUGGGGAUACUGGGAGUACUGGGAAUACUGGGAAUGGGUGAUUGGGAAUACUGGGAAUUGGUCACUGGGGAUACUGGGGAUACUGGGAAUUGGUUACUGGGAUCGCUGGGCUCGCGCUACGGCCUGCACGGCCACCCCCGGCUGAACCACCGCUACCGCGUCUGGGCCGGGGUCACCGCUACUGGGGAUACUGGGAGCACUGGGAGUACUGGGAAUGGGUGAUUGGGAAUA